GGGCGUGGCUUUGUCGGCUCUGGUGUGUUAGUCCGUGUGGGAGCUGAGUCGUGGUGGUUACUGUGUGAGAGGGCAGCGGCACCUGACAGUGCAGACGUGGGAGGCGUAGUGACGGGACCAGCUAGCAGAACCGUGUGUCUGUACCAGGGGUGGGAUUUCUAAAGAUGUCCGACAAUGCCCUAGAGAUAGAAGACAAGCCCCCAGCUCCACCCAUGAGGAUCACGAGCACACUGAUUGGAACCAGCAUCAAUAACUGCAGUACAUUAAACCAUGGGUCCAAACCACUGCCUCCUAAUCCUGAUGAAAAGAAGAAGAAAAAGAAGGCAUUUUUCCCAGAGAAAAAGCCGAGGAAGAUUGAGAUUUCACUACCCUUGCACUUUGAGCACACCAUUCAUGUUGGCUUCAAUGUCGUCACCGGAGAGUUUACCGGAAUGCCCGAGCAGUGGGCCAGACUUCUGCAAACCUCAAACAUCACCAUAUCUGAACAGAAGAAGAACCCUCAGGCCGUAUUGGAUGUGCUGGAGUUUUACAACUCGAAGAAAACGUCUAACAGCCAGAAGUAUAUGAGCUUCACAGAUGACUCUCUAGAGGUGCAUAAUUCCACAAAUUCAAAAUCCAUAUCGGAGAUUCCUGCUGUGCCGCCAGUGUCAGAAGAUGACGAUGAUGAGGAGAAGACGAGGGCUGCCCCACCUCCUGUUGUCUUACCCCGCCCAGAACACACUAAGUCUACACACCGCUCUGUCUUUGAACCACUGCCCCCUCCUCCCCCUACAAAAGAAGUGGUACCUUCGCCAGGUUACCGAGUCUUCGGAGACGGAUCAGUGUCAGCAGAAGCAGCUGCAAAGAAUGCAGAAAAGACCAAGAAAAAAGCAAAAAUGUCUGAUGAGGAAAUCCUUGAGAAACUCCGUAGUAUAGUGAGUGUGGGAGACCCAAAGAAAAAAUACACACGGUUUGAGAAAAUUGGACAAGGGGCAUCUGGAACAGUGUAUAUUGCUGUAGAUAUAGCUACUGGCCAAGAGGUUGCAAUCAAGCAAAUGAAUCUUCAGCAACAGCCAAAGAAAGAACUAAUCAUCAAUGAAAUCCUUGUUAUGAGGGAAAACAAGAACCCAAACAUUGUAAAUUACCUAGACAGUUACUUGGUUGGGGAAGAGCUUUGGGUGGUGAUGGAGUAUUUGGCCGGUGGAUCCCUUACUGAUGUUGUGACAGAGACCUGUAUGGAUGAAGCACAAAUAGCCGCUGUGUGCAGAGAGUGUCUUCAGGCCUUGGAGUUCCUGCACUCAAACCAAGUUAUUCAUCGGGACAUAAAGAGCGACAAUAUCCUGCUCGGGAUGGACGGCUCUGUGAAAUUAACUGAUUUUGGAUUUUGUGCGCAAAUAACUCCAGAGCAAAGUAAACGAAGCACAAUGGUUGGCACGCCCUACUGGAUGGCUCCCGAAGUGGUGACCCGCAAAGCGUACGGUCCUAAAGUGGACAUUUGGUCUCUUGGAAUAAUGGCAAUUGAGAUGGUGGAAGGGGAACCUCCGUAUUUGAAUGAAAACCCUCUUAGGGCACUUUACCUUAUUGCUACAAAUGGUACACCAGAACUUCAGCACCCAGAGAAGCUGUCUGUCACGUUUAGAGAAUUCCUUAACCAGUGUCUUGAGAUGGACGUAGAAAAGAGAGGCUCGGCCAGAGAUUUACUCGAGCACCCGUUCCUGAAGAUUUCCAAACCUCUGUCAAGUUUAACUCCUCUAAUAAAUGCAGCCAAAGAAGCUGCAAAAAGCAACCACUGAGUGGAAAAAACAUCACUGGAGGACUUUUCAACAAGUGCUAAUUGUAAUAAGGAUUUAUUAUUCAGCCUUUUAUCCCUGGAGUCUUCAGGCUGCUGGUCACCUGGAAGCUAAAGCACAGAUACUACUGGUCUUAAUCCGUUCGUUUGUUCAUGCACAAUAAGGGGCUACUUUGGACCUCUGCAGAAAGAACUGAACAUGAUUGAUAUGUAGCAAACAGCCUUUUGUUUAAGUCUACUUGUGUAUUUUUUUUAUGAUUUGGAGCCUUGGCCAUGUUAAUCUGAAUAAAUUAAAUCUCUUUGUUAUUGGAUUCUCAAUAUGCCCUGUUCCAUGAGAGUUUUCACAUGACAUUGCAACUUUGUAUUUUUGGAAUACUGCGUUCUCUGCAGGCUGGUUCCAGUGUUCUGAAACUUCAACAUUUGUAGUAGUGAUGUUAAUAAACUUUUUAAUCCAUCA